GCCCCCUCUGAAGCCCAAGUCUUGUCUGAAAAGUGCGGGCGGUGGGUGCUCUCACUCCCUGGCGCUCUGAGCCCCCUCCUCUGUGGCCUGGCCUGACCCGAGGACCCCGGCCAGCCCUCCCUCUACACUCCUGCUUGAGGCGCAGCCGUCUGUGGGUCAAGUGGGGGACUUGGCCAGUUCCUACCACAAAGCUGGGGCACGGGGUCUCGAUGAAUCUCCCCCGGUGAUGAGCCAAGCACAGUCCCUUCAGAAGCCACCCGUGGCCAGGAAUCUUGUCAUUUUGCAGGGGCAGCAGGCUCAGGCACAGACGCCUGCCCCAAAGGCCCCCGAGGGUGCUGCUGAGGGUAGGUCAACGUGGGCACAGCCAAGCUGAGCAGGGAAUGGUCUCUUACUCGGGUCAUCGAGCCCCAGCCCCAGCCCCAGCAUUCGGGACCCUCAGGGAACCAGCCCUUUUCUGAGCUGAUCUGAUCAGAGGAAGUCCCCAUCCUGGCCCACUGUGCACGUGGGUCACCCUCCAGCUCAGAACAUGCCGUUCGCUGGGCACCUACUCUGUGCAGGCAUGUUAUCUCCACCUUUACAACAUGCUGGAUGGCUUGCAAACGCCCACCAUUGUACGGGGGCCUGGGACUCGGGCUGGGUGACCCCCCUGGGUCUCACUGUGGCCAGGGCUGGGGUCCACCUGCUCCCAUGUGCCUGGGGCUCUCCAGGCCAAGGUCAGCCAUUCCAGAGCGCCCCACUGCACCCAGCAGGCACCCGGCCAUCACCCUGAGCUGCUGUUGCCCCAUGUCCUAAUGUGCAGAGACUUGGGGGAGGGUCCUUGGGGACUGUCAGGACAGCUCCUGCUCCUCGUGCCCCCGACCCCAGGCAGGAGAGCCCAGUGAGCGAGAGGCCGGCCCAAGGGGCGUCCCCAGGGGUUCUCCCCUUGCUCACAUCAGAAGUGUGUGUUAUCUGGGGAUCUGCCAGACUGUUCCGUCCUGUGAGGGCUGGGCUGGGGGCGGCCGGCCGGGCCCGGGAGCCCCCGCCCUCCCGCGGGGAGGCCGGCCUCGGGGUGUCCGUGGCCUCCUGUCCGCUUCUCUGGCCGGAAGAAGGUGCAGCUCGCAUCUUGUGCGCUCAGCCCCCUGCCCCCGCCGUUCGGCCACGCCGCUCGGGGGAGGGGGAGGGCACACGGCCCCCACGGCCACCGAGCCCCGCUGUGAUGGCCUCCUCGGCGGCCAGACCCUCCGGAGGCCACUGCCCGCUGCUGUAAUGGAAACUUCUCGGCGGGCUCGUGAGCCGCGACAGCUCGGGUUCCCGCUCGGCUCCAGGCUCCGAUCGGCCGCGGGUGGGGGGCCAGGCAGGUGGGCGAGUCACCCGGAGGUGCGGCGCCUGCAGGAGCCCAGGACCAUGCUCCGAUAAAUGAGGACUGCAGGGCAGACCUUGAGCCCCGACUCCCGGCCAGAGACGCGACAUCAGACCAGAAAGAAUGAAGAGGCCGCUCCGAGCUCGCCGCAGCCCGGGGCAGGGAGGGAGGGCUACAAGAGGUGUCCCCCCUCCAUCCUGAGGCAGAGCCGGCCGGAGCGCCGCAGCCGCGGGGCCGAGCCACAGAAGACCGCCAGGCACGUGCGGUUCCGGGAGCCCCCGGAGGUGGCCGUCCACUACAUCGCCAGCAGGGAGUCCACCACGGCCACCAAGGCCUCCCCGCCAGCCCCGCAGGAGCAGGGAGCCCCAGGCUCACCCGGGGCCCCCUCCGCCCCCAGCGCUCGGCCGGCCCCGGUCCCGCGGCGGCUCCCUGCUCCUGCGGCUGUCCGUGUGUCUCCUGCUGGUGCUCGUGCUGGGUCUGUACUGCGGCCGGGCCGAGCGGGUGACACUGGCCCUCGAGGACCUCCGGGCCCGGCUCCUCGCGCUUGCCCUGCGCCUGAGGCACACGGCCGUCACCUGCUGGCACGGCCUGCUGCAGCUGUGACCGCGGCCGGAUGCUCGCCCCCACCCCCCACGGCCCCCGUCGUGCAGGGCGGGAGCCCCCGCUGGGGUCUGGGGGCUCCCGGGGCUGGGGGGGGGGCGCCCGGAGCCCUGGCUCUGGAGCAGCAGGCGGCCCACCCAUCCAGUCAGGGCCCCGCUUGUAUGUGUGGGGGUCCACCGUGAGGUUCUACCAGAAAACCGAUUCCUCUGCCUGCUUCGGGCCCCGGAGAGCCCUCACCCCAGUGGGAACUCUCCGUAUCCUUGGGCCAGGCCCAGAGGCGGACGCGUGGGGCCCCUUGAAGACAGGGACACCGGCCCUGUGCCCGCGAGACCCCUCAGAAGUAAAACUGGACCUUGCUGCUUGGGGCUUGUGGGGCCUGGACCUCAAAACCCCGCGGAGGCACACGGGUCUGGCUGUUGGCGUGGGGCCCUCCCCACUGCGGCCGCGAGCGUGCAGCGGGGCCUGGCAUCUCCCCUUGGUGCUGGUGGUGGGACCCCAGCCUCUGGGCCCCGGGUCUGACGCCGAGGCCUCAGGGGCCCUCUCGUGCCCCAGGGGAAACAUGUGCCGCCCACGACCUCCGCUGUCCACCCGGAGCGGCCGAGAGGCAGCCCGCUCUGCCCGGACCCCCACCGCCCCCGGAGCACGGCACGUGCGCCCGGACCCCAGGUGGUGCCACACGCCAGCCACAGUGCCUCCGAGUCCCGUGACCCCGUGCAGACACCGUGCCAUCGCCGGUGCUGCAAGGCCAUGGGGACCCGUGUGGUCCGGACCCCUGCCUGGAGGGGGGCCUGGAAAAAGCGGGGAGGCCCGUGGUCAGACACCAGGAGGGACUGCCAGGAAGACGCCAUCUCCCGCAGCAACCCGCAGACAAGCGUCCACGGGACGGCCAACGCCGUGCUGCUCCUUCCCGGGGUGACGCUCUAAGUGCCUGUCCCCAUUACCAAAGUGGGGACACACUGGUUUUCUAUUAAAACGCACUGCCACCUC